AUGGUUAACGCCGCCAGUGGGAAGAGAAGAUCCCGGCACAAACGUUCUUGGUUUUCCUUACAUCGUCUGUCCCGUGGCCCGGAAGUGAACGAGGUCGACCAUGUCAUCCGAAGCUGUAGGGGGGCGACCAUCGCUCCGACCGCCAUGCACCCGGAGAUGCAGGCGGCGAAAUAUUCCCCGCCAGAGACGGAUCGCGACCUCCGAGCCCGGCUGGUGGGGGAACUGGAUCAACAUCAACAGGAGAACCAAUUCUACGGCGCCUGCUAUGACCUAUACCACGAGCUGCGCACGAAGGUGUCCGAUAUCGCCCAGAAGCUCAUUCUGCAGUCGUACUUUGAGCCGGAGUCACCCCCGGCGGGAGAUCCGUUUCUCCACGAUGCCAUCCGACAAUUCAGCGCGGCGCUUCAGACAGCACAGGCCGGGGAAAGAAACGCGGAAGAGCAUUGGAAGCAAUACUGGAAUGUCCCGCCAGCAGCCGCGAUGCCAGCCACUUGGAUCUAG